AUGGCAUCCACGUCAAAUAUGCAAGCACCUAGCACACCCUCAGCUCCGCGCAGCUCCCUUCGUUUUGGACAUCUCCAGAGGCUAUCCAUAAUCGAUGCUCCCUUCGGUUUGGGCGAUGACUACUAUCUCGAACCGACAACUGCGGUGAUCGCCCGCCGCGGUGCCCUCCCACAAGCUUUACUCUCGUCCAUCGUCUUCCCUCCCCAGUGUCUACUGUAUACUUCCCCUCUACUCUCUGCCGACAUACGAUCAUUCGCGGACCGCAUGUCAACACUUAUCACGCCUUCGUCGAUGCGCAUCGUGGACGCGAAGCAGAGUUACGUGGCUCCGAGCCAAUCGGAGCAUAUAUCGUUCGUGCUCGUCCAGCCAUCCGAGUCCCGCGGCGUGCGCUACGAUGUGCCAUUUGUGGGGCACAACCACCGAGAGGCAUCGUCAGUCAAACAGGACGUAAUUCGCGGCAUCGUUACCUCUCCGCUCUUCUCCGCCAUACGCGAGCUUUGGGCAGACACAGGCUCCAUGUAUUUUCUCCGCGGGCAGGACAGUAUCCUCUGGAGCCUCCCCCGUCUUGAAUAUCUUUCCCUUUUCGGCUCCUGGGAGGAGAAGUCUGCCGUCAACGACACACUGAAAGUCCUGUCGACAGUGCAGGGGGACUCGGUCGUUUGUCCCGCGCUCGAAACCCUGGUCCUCAUCACGUUUAUUCCUCUCAAGUCCCUGAUCGCGCCGCUGCGGAGCAUCCUCGUUUUGCGCAAGGAUUGCGGACAUCCCCUCAAGCAUCUCGCGGUCUAUGUGGACAUGGAGGGAGUGGGCCGGGAGGUGCUCAAGGAGGCGCACGGGCUGGGCGAUCUCGUGCAGCACUUCUUCUUGAACGACGACGAAGAUGUCCCGGACAGUGAGUGGACGCGUUUCUGGGAUGAACGCGUCCCCGCGGGGUGUGGGGUGGCGGACGAACUACACGAUCACUGGCCUGUGUGGGUGGAACGAGUGGAUCCACUUGAUAAGUGA